UAGUAUUUUGUCUGGCCAGCAGGCGGAGGUGGGUUUGGGUGGCGCGGCUCGCCCCCCCUAUCCCCCCGACCCCCAACGAGUGACCGGCGCCGCGCGAGCCAGUGGCCCGUGCAUCACAGAUCCCCCUCGGCCGUUCGGUAUAUCCUCCGCCCGUCCGGGGUUUAUAAGGCGAGAGAGAUAGCUCGCACAGCCACCUCACAAAAAGCGCGAGCACAGCAGCCGAGCGUUUGGAUUUUGCAGCCGCCGGUCCCGGAGCCUCCUGACCGACACGGUCGCCGCCGCCAUGUCUGCCUUCGUCGGGAAAUACGCAGAUGAGCUGAUCAAGACGGCCAAGUACAUCGCGACGCCGGGGAAGGGGAUCCUGGCGGCGGACGAGUCGACGGGCACCAUCGGGAAGCGGCUGGCCAGCAUCAACGUGGAGAACGUGGAGUCCAACCGCCAGGCGCUGCGGGAGAUGCUCUUCACGGCGCCCGGCGCGCUCGAGUACCUCUCCGGCGUCAUCCUCUUCGAGGAGACGCUCUACCAGACGGCCGCCGACGGCACCCCGUUCGUCGACAUCCUCAAGGCCGGCAACGUCAUCCCGGGCAUCAAGGUGGACAAGGGCACCGUGGACAUCGCCGGCACCGUCGGCGAGACCACCACCCAGGGCCUCGACUCCCUGGGCGCGCGCUGCGCCAAGUACUACGAGGCCGGCGCGCGCUUCGCCAAGUGGCGCGCCGUGCUCAAGAUCGGGCCCGGCGCCGAGCCGUCCGAGCUCGCCGUGAAGCAGAACGCCGAGGGGCUGGCGCGGUACGCGCUCAUCUGCCAGGAGAACGGGCUGGUCCCCAUCGUGGAGCCCGAGAUCCUCACCGACGGGCCGCACGACAUCAAGGCCUGCGCCGCCGCCACCGAGCGCGUCCUCGCCGCCGUCUACAAGUCGCUCAACGACCACAAGGUCCUCCUCGAGGGCACCCUCCUCAAGCCCAACAUGGUCACCCCCGGCUCCGACAGCCCCAAGGUUGGCGCGGAGGUGAUAGCGGAGUACACGGUGGCGGCGCUGCGGCGCACGGUGCCGCCGGCGGUGCCCGGGGUGGUGUUCCUGUCGGGCGGGCAGAGCGAGGAGCAGGCGACGCAGAACCUGGACGCCAUGAACAAGCUGGUGGUGCUCAAGCCCUGGACGCUCACCUUCUCCUUCGGCCGGGCGUUGCAGCAGAGCACCAUCAAGAAGUGGGCCGGCAAGAAGGAGAACGUCGCCGACGCGCAGGCCACCUUCCUCGCCCGGUGCAAGGGCAACUCCGAGGCCACGCUCGGCAAGUACGGCGGCGCCGCCGCCGGCGGGGACGCCGCCGCGUCCGAGAGCUUACACGUCGCGGGGUACAAGUACUAAGGCACCGUCGCUCCCGCGCCAUUCCCGGACCUAGGACCUCGGUGCAACCCGUGUGUGCGUGCGCACGGCGCGGCACAUGGAUUGCGCCAAGAUUCGUGCGUGCAUGCAGAUAUAUAUGCUCUUCCUUUUCUGCCGUGUACUUAAAUUCUCUCUCCCUUCCCCUUCUCCUAUUUAACCAGAACUACUGAUGAUAUAUAAGUGGUAUAUAUGAAAGUGUGAAUGCAACGCUUUUAGUA